AUGCUGGUCGAUGCUUUCAAGCUCACGAAGGAGACUAGUGGAAAUGAUGCUCAGUCCUUCCAUCCACCGAUAGCCACAACCUCAACAUCCAAUCCGAUGCAAUCAGCCAAGAAACCCAGUACGGAGCUAGGGAACGGCGACGACCCCGGGUACGCAGACGCGAACGAGAUAUGCGAAGCGAGGGAAGGAAAGUCAAUAUCAAAUCCGGCGGGUCGGUUUUUUGCCCCAACUGGAUGCAAACGCAUGCUCGAUCUCCCCAACAUUCCCUGCGUGAUGCACGCCAUGCCAGGCUUCACUGCCUUUGAUGACCCAUCGACCGUAGUCAAUGGGGGAGUCUGGAGAUUUGACCGAAGCAGCAAAAUGCGCGUGGUGAUCCGCAGCCUAGGUCCUACAUCCGCCGGCCAGCGAUGCGCUCUACCAUCGGAAUCUGAUUCAAACAAGAAAAGAGAAAGAGCGAUGCAAGAGACAAUGUCAUGGCCGAAAUCCCAACGAACGGUCGUUGGCGCAAAAACGCUCGACCGGGAAGGUCUCCGGUAG